AACGGAGGGGGCUCGCUGCUGAGGGAUGUCGGCGCCCCGGGAGCGGGCGGCGGGGGCCCGGUUGCCAGGGGAACGAGGAGGCCCCGCCCCUUCCCCGUGACCUCUCACCCCGGUUUGGCGCCAUGGUCGCUAUGGAGGAGCUGGAGUUGCUGGUGGAGAACGUGGAGGAGCUGGUGAUGGACGAGAACCGGAUCGUUACCUACAAGAUGCUGAGCCAUUCCCUGGGCAUUCAUGUCAACCAGGCGAAACAGUUACUUUAUUACUAUGUGGAGCUCAAAAGGAAAGAAAACUCUGGAGCUCAGCUCCACGUGACCUAUCUUGUGUCUGGAAAAGCAGUAGAAGAUGGAAUUUCGUGUCACAAGAUAGCGGUGGUGAGAGAAGAUCAAUUGGAAGCAGUGAAGCUGAAGAUGCUGGUGACUGCCAGUGUGCACGUGUACAGUAUUCAGAAAGCAAUGCUGAAGGACAGCAGUCCCCUCUUCAACACUGAUUAUGAAGCAAUCAAGGAAAACCUGUUGAGCAGCAACAAGUACAGCGCCAUUCAGUGUGCAGAUGCUGUUCCCCGGUCAGCAGAGGAGAUGGCUCACCUGCAGAAGUCCCUGCAGCAGACCUCCCGGAGUUCAAGUGAGCCGCCGAGCAGCAGCAAACCCCUCGUGAAUGGCAGCCCGCCCAUGCCCGCUAAAAGCACUGCCCCACAGCCCAAGGGAAUCAUGGGGAUGUUCUCUGCCAAACCUGCGACCAAAUCGAGCGACAAAGAGGAGAAGGCAGAGCCUGUUGUCGUGAAGGACAGGGAGGAUGCUGCUCCUUCAGGAAGUAAGACAGCGAGCAAAGGAAACAGCUUCAGCAAUUUUUUCCAGAAAGUCAGCGCCAAGAAAGGGUCACCACCAUCCAAGACCAGCAAGGAAGAGGUCCCUCCAAGCAAACCUGCCCCGGAGUCCACAGAGAAAGCGGAGGCCACUGAGGGGGGAGAGUGCCACGUCACUGCUUCGCAGGAAGGGGACAGUGAAGAAAUGGCCCCCACAAGUGACACCACGGCACAGAAACCACAAGCCAAGGCUCAGCAGGAGAAAAUCCAGGCAAAGAAAGCAGGAGAUAAUAUACAGCAAGGCGACGGACAGAGCAGCAAGAAAACAAAGCGAAGUGCGGCACUGACCAGUGACGGGGAGGAGCCCCACAACAAGCGGCGGCGUAGGAUCAGACAGCCUCAGUCAGACAGCAGCGAUGAGGAAGUGAUCCUGGACUCUCCUGAAGCCCACGAUAUGAAAACACCAUCACCGAUGCCUGAAGCCCCAAUCGCUGAAGAGGAUGCGUCCCCCCCAUGCUUUACAGAGGUUGCAGUAAAGCCCCCAUGUUGGGAAAGUAUAGAGGAAACUGAGAAGACGGUAGGAGUGAAACGCAGGAAACGGCGUCGCGUUCUCAAAAACAAGACCUAUGUGAAUGAAGAUGGUGACUUUGUGACGGAAAAGGUUUACCAGAGUGAGUCGUGCACCGACAGCGAGAGCGAGUUUGCAGCCAAGCCACAAGUGGAGAAACUGGCUGACUCAAAGAUCAUGGGGGGAGUCAAAGACGAACGGAAGGGGCAGAAGGAGAAGAAAGCACUAGCCCCCAGCAGGGCAGGGAAGCAGGCAUCCAUCAUGGGAUUCUUCAAAAAGGCAACUUAGUGCCGCCUCCUGCUGUUGCAUUGACCUCGCCUCAGCGUGAGUGGAGUUCCGACAGACACUACCAACAGGAGUGCAUAAAGAUAGCCAGACAAUUAAACAUAACAGCAGAAGCUCUGCUCAAGGAAAUUUGAAUCUGGGCACAUUGUGUGUUGGAAAAGGGCACCCUGGACACUGACUUGGAUCUUGGAUUGCAGUUCUGUUACCUCGGGAGCAUUUCUCCUUGCAUGUUUAAACAUCGUUCAUUGUGCUGCCUCACAGUUCUGUGAGUAAUUUAUUCCCCUCUGGUUUUCAGUGAGCCUUGGGUGUGCUAUCUAUUGAUGAGACUGUCUUCAACUCUGUGCAGUAGUUGUUGGCAAAUCGUGCUUCAAACACGUACUGCACACAGGUGAUAGUUGGGAGGCAGUAAACUUCAGCUGUCUCACCGGCUGGGUCAAUAUCGGUUUUUUUUUAGAUUCAAAGAGAAAUGGGAGGCCUUUUAUUUUAAAAAGAAAAACACAAGUUUAUAGCAGGAUAAGCUUGUUACCUUGCAUACUAUUUGGAGCUUUGCCUGUUAUACAGCAGAGUGAACGUGUUACUGGUUGUGUUCAAAACACUAUCUAGUGUCAUAGACACUUCCUAUUAGUCCUGUGAAAUCUGUGACCAGGUUUUGGAAAUGCCUCAACAUAUCAGACCUGCUUUUAAAAACCUGCCCAGGUUCUCCCUGCCCCAGAUUGUGGCACAAUAUCAUUGCAGCCCUUUGGUAUCUUAUCCCAGAGGUUGUGAAUGUCCUCAGAUUGUAUUGGCCAUCCCAGGCUAAUCUGGGUCCGCCAAUGUGCACUUUCCACAACUUGUUGGAUAGUGAGUGGGAGUGUAAAUGGUCAUUUUAAUUUGAUUACUCCCCCAUUGCACACUACCCCAGCCUAAUUAACUGCUGCAGGUGUAAUGAGAUAAUUUAUCAAGCUGAAGCCUAGUACGAGGGCUGUACUGCCCCACAGCUGAACCUGGUGACGUUUUCUUGCUGACCCAUCAGGCAUGUUUUCAAAUAUUGACAAAACUCUGUCAGUUGUGGGUAUCAAUCAGUCCUGGCCCUGCACACUUACUGUGAAAGCUUUGGGGAUUGAUCCUUGCGCCCUUCUGCGUCUGUGCAUUCCAACAUUGGGAUGGGAGACAGUGGACUGGCAUUGAUAACAGCUCCCAGUGGCCAAGAAGUGUCGGUGGGAAUUUUGGUGUGUGUGGGGAGGGUGCAUGGUGUUGCCUAAACAUGCUUGGAAAGGACUUAUUAUUUGUGUACUUUGGCAGAAGGUUAUUUGCAGGUGACUGAAGUUAUGUGGUGUUCUGAUCACCCAUUGAACCAUGUCAAAUGACAGCUUUGCACAGACCUGUGACGCCUGUGCAGUUAUAGCCUGUCACAGACUUUGGCGAGAGUUUAGCAGUUAAACGUGAUUUGCUCCUCAGGAUGUGUUGCUUGCUGCCUUGGCUGUUGUGAGAAACUAGAUGUUGGGAGACUGAGCAAACAUGGACAUGUGUAUUUAAGAACUACAUAUUUGUGUCUCAGGCCUGAGAAAUGGUGCUGGGCUCGCCAUGGGGUGGGGGGUGAGGGAAAGGUUCUGGAUUUGAAUAGCCCUUGUACUUUCAUCGAAUUGAUUUGGGAAUAAAAACAUUCUUGAGAAAAGUAAACACAUUAGCUGAUGAGUGUGGUUUUAAUACACACAGCAGUAGGAGAGACAGUGGUAAAUUAAUUUAUUAUUGUCACAUGUACCGAGGUACAGUGAAAAACUUGUCUUCCGUACCGUCCAUACAAAUCAUUCAUUACAACAGUGCAUUGAGGUAGGUGUAAACCCGACGGACCAUUCCGGAACAUGUAUUUUUGAUUCGUUCUUUUUUUCUAAAGAAGAAGUAGUUAGUGUCAGACAACAUUUUCCACAUCUGCUUCUGCAUAUCAAGAUCUACAUGGUUUUUAGGACAGAUUGUGAUUAAAUUCCUUCAUCACCUAGUAACAAACAAUCUGCUGGAGGAACUCACCAGCACGAGCAGCAUCUGUGGGAGGAAAGGAAGUGGUGACGUUCUGUGCAUCAGGACCGACCUGCUGAGUUCCUCCAGCAGAUUCAGUCUCCUGUGUCUCCUUCAUCACCUGACUCAGUCAUUCCCUGAAGCUCUUGCUCCUCCAGUUCUGUACUCGCUCAUUCCAUGAUUUUCACUGUCCAUGCCUUUGGCUGCCAAACCCUUAAUUUUGGAAUUUGUUCCUUGGAGCCUUUCCACAUUAUCACUGCUCUCUUCCUCCUCCUUCAAACCUCUCCUCCUGCCUCCUUUCCUUUCCUGUCCACCUUUGCUUGAUUACAUCUCUCUCAGAUACCUUGGGAUGUUUUCCCAAAUAACUGGUGCUUUAAAAGUGCAAGUUUUUGAAUGCCAUGCCUGCCAGCUGCUGGUGUUCAUGGCAGUCACAAGUUGUUGGACAAGAGCAUGUCCUCUCCAGUACCAGCAUGGCUUGCCUUCAUUCUCUUUUAGAGAACUUGAGUUAAUAUAACACUUCCUACAACAUCAGAUCACGCCAAAGCACUUCACAAACCAGAGAAGUAAUUUUGAAAUGUAUACACUCUUGCACUCAACGUCACCAAGACCAAGGA